UGAGUCAUAUAGGGCACGUCCCACCUCCGUGUGUUUACUCUCUCAGGGCAGCUGCAGAGUAAGAAGCGGGGCGAAGAAAGUUCGCUCGAGUCUGGAUAUUAACUCCCCGCCAAGGCUUGGGUUAAUUCAUGAGAAAGAGAGGGGUGUAUUGUCGGCCUCUUCAUGGAGCUACUUCGGUUUUCCGCUUUCUGGUGUGGAGCGAUACUCUGUGGUAGUAUUGUGUCCGAGCAGGCGGAUGCCCAUAUAAUAAAGAUAAGGCGCCUGUGCAAGUUUUGUGACAUACAACCAACCAGCUGCACCGGCCGAGGAAGCUGCAAGGUGGAGUGUGACAUCACUUCCAUUUGCACCCAUGAUGAUGAUGUGUGUGUCGCUAUUUGGAGGAAGAAAGACGACAAUGUCACAUUUGACACCGUCUGCCACGACCCAGCUCACAAGCUGUACGGCCUGGUCCUGGAGGACUACAACAAUAGCAAGUGUGAGAUGAAAGAAAGAAAGGGCAUGGGCUCAUCCUUUUUCAUCUGCUCCUGCUCUGAGGAUGAGUGCAACCUCGAUAUCAUCUUUAACUCCUACAUGGAUUCUCAGGUUGCUGUCAUCUUGGUGAGCCUGGUUCCGCUUCUGGUCAUGGCGAUUUUGGUCAUCACUUCCUUCUACUGUUAUCGGGUCUACCGCCAGCGCCGAGCUAACGCUAAACGCAAGAAAGGGCCCCCUCUGGACUUUAGUGACGCUCAUGCCAUCAUGGUGGACGAUGAAGGUUCGGACAGCAGCUCCACGCAUGCCAACAACCUCAACCACAAUACUGAGCUGUUGCCCAUUGAACUGGACAUCCAGGUGGGAAAAGGUCGUUUUGCCGAAGUUUACAAAGCCAAACUGAAGCAGGGAUCCUCGGUCAGUGACGAGCAGGGCUUUGAGACUGUGGCGGUAAAGAUUUUCUCAUAUGAGGAGUACGCCUCUUGGAAGAAUGAGAAAGACAUUUUCUCGGACGCCGACUUGAGACAUGAAAAUGUGCUCCACUUCCUCACAGCAGAGGAGAGGAAGGUACAGAGACAGUACUGGCUGAUCACAGCAUACCAACCAAUAGGGAACCUCCAAGAGUACUUGACCCACCACGUUGUCAGCUGGCAUGACCUGUGGUUACUGGGAGGAUCGCUGGCCAGUGGACUGGCACAUCUUCACAGUGACCACACCUCAUGUGGACGAUACAAGGUGCCUAUUGCACAUAGGGACAUUAAGAGCUCCAACAUACUUGUGAAGAGUGACCUGACUUGCUGCUUGUGCGACUUUGGCCUCGCACUCCGUCUGGACAACACCCUGUCUGUGGAUGAGCUGGCAAACAGUGGACAGGUGGGAACAGCCAGGUACAUGGCACCAGAGGUCUUGGAGUCCAGGAUCAAUCUGGAAAACAUUGAGUCCUUCAAACAAGCCGACGUGUACUCUAUGGCACUCGUACUAUGGGAGAUCAUCUCCAGGUGCAGCGCUAUUGGAGAGGUAAAAGAGUAUGAACCUCCCUUUGGAAAUUUGAGGGAGCACCCGUGUGUCGAGAGCAUGAAGGACAGCGUCCUCCGAGACAGGGGAAGACCUGAGAUUCCCAACAGCUGGAUCAACCACACAGGCAUCCAGAUGGUGUGUUCCUCCAUAGAGGACUGCUGGGACCAUGACCCAGAAGCCCGCCUGACAGCACAGUGUGUUGCCGAGCGCUUUGACGAGAUGGAGUACCUGGACAAGCUGUCAGACUGCUCCGACUCUGAGGAAAAGAUCCCUGAGGAAAUCUUUGUGGUCGACGAGAAGUAGAGCUCAGUCAAAUAACAAACAAAAAAAAACAAAACACUGCCCCCUCCUGGGUGGCAGAGGAAUACCAAGGAGCAGACUGGAAAUACAGUACCACAAAUGGCAGAUUUCAUGGACAAACAGGGAUAUCACAAUAUAAAGCUUUUCAUACUUUUGCACUUUAUCAGUAUCUAUGCACACUAAACGGCAUAUAUGCAGUGUCAAAUACUUUUCAGGCAUGCAAAAGAAAAGAUUUUAGACCAAUAACACUAAUGACAUCUCAUUGUGCAGGUUUAACUUAUUCUCACACAGCAGUGGGGGGAAAAAAACAUCCAUGGCCAUUCAUUAGCAUUAAAAUCCGUUUUGAAACCAAAAAAGUAAUAUAUAAAUAGACAGAUAUAUUUAAAACCAAAUCAAUAAACAUGGUAUAUACUGUACAUGUAAAUGUGUGUGUGUGUGUGUGUCAGAGCAGUGUCAUGUAGAAUAAAUGAGCCUGCUAAAUCAUUGCCAGACAGUAAGGGGGAGGGAGCUUAAGGAACUAACCUGGUGCUUGUUAAUAAAGCCAAACUAUUUAUGCAUACCAUGCUUAGAAAAUAUAUAACAUGUUUUUGUAUGAAAUUGUUAAGCUAUAAUGAAUGAUAUAUAAAGUAGUGGUGUUGAUAUUGUUUUCAUGGGUUUGUCAGCUGGUUUUGAGCAAGCCAGUGAAACUUUGUGUAUUUUAAAGCCUUAACAGACAUUUGUCAUGUUCAAUUAUUGAAAAAAUGAUAUCGCUUUGCCUUUUAAUAAUAUGUAAAUAAACUGAGCUUAAGCUUGGAAAGGAACAUCUUCCAUCCUUUUCAUCCCCCCACACUUUGGAUAUUGUUCACAUCUUCACAUCACUGAUCGCCAGCUGUUUUUUUUAAAUCAUUGUUUGCAUAAUGACUUUCUUACCCAUGCAACAAAAAUGUUCAAACUGUCUUCUCUUGUGGUUUUGCUGCUUUUUGUACACCAGCUUGUCGAGCAUCUCCCGUGAGUCUUCCCUGUGGCGAUCCCAGUAUUGUCGAUACUGAUAGAUACUUCUUCAAAAUCAUGGAAUGAGUUUGCCUUUAUUUUCCUGAUCAUGAUUGUAAUCACCCUAAAACACAAAACAGAGAUUUUAAAGCAGAAAAUGUUAACACAAAACACGUUUUUAUAGUUGUACACAUAGAAAACGAUUCUAAAUGCAUAUCAAUGGUGAAAGAAAGGAAUAAAUCAAUGUUUUACCUUCAAUGAAGACGUCAUUCUUGAUGUGGGUGUUUCCAAAGACACAAUGUAACAGCGAGAUGCCACACGGACACCAUUUUCCUGUUCUAUCAUGAGUUAUUGCUUGAAUUCAAUAGUAUUUCUUACCUCAAUAAGCCGAAAUGGAACCAAAUAAAAUUUCAAGUGCCAUCAUUUUAAUAAAGAAGGUGAGAAACUAUUGAAUUCAAGAAAUAACUCAUGACAAAACAGGAAGUGGUGUCCGUGUGAUGUCUCGCUGCCACACAUCAAGAAUCGAGGGUAAAAGUGACGUUAAAUGUUCAUGUAUUCCUUUCAUUUUUCAUUGAUAUGCAUUUAGUAUUGUUUUGUGCAUGUAAAACUGUAAAAGUAAAAAAAAAAAAAACGUGUUUUGUAUUAAGAGAGGCAAUCGCUGGUGACAUGGAACGGUUAUGAAGCUGACUUUCGUGCCGUUGCCAUUUUGUUAGCAAGUUAGCUUCUGUCCUAGUAGCUAAGGAAGUUUUAUAAUAAAAAUACAGUAAGAACACACUUGGACUCACGCAUUAUUAUUAAUUAAAAACAUGACAAGACGCGCGACAUAUUGUGCUCCAACUGGACAAUGUACACAAACGGAUGCACAAUUUUGGAGUAGAUUUUCAACGUUAACCGAAAAACGAGGACACCAACUGAGGUUCUGCUGUACUUUAUGUAAAUAUAACAAUAGCCAGCAAGGUAAUGUUCAGGUGUGUUGAGGUAAUGUAGAAUCCCCACGUAGAUACGCACAGUGUGCUUUGUGACACGGUUUCUCUCUUUAUUCUGACCUGAACACAUCAACAUCAGUGUAAUUCCUACACAGUAUACCGUAUGUAUCUCCAACUCAAACGUGUCUCUAGUCCCUUCAAAUUGGAACGACGCUUCAUCAGUUUCAUUACGAGAACACAAGAUGCAUUCAGGGACAGUCCGAACAUCACAAAAACAGCUUUAUUAUGCAUGUAUGUGUGGUCUAAAUAA